AUGUCGCGGGACUUGCAAUCCCGCCGGUUCUCCAACCGGUCGAAUCGCAGCUCACGGCUACCCGUCUAUACUGACGAUGACGACGACGCGGCGUUUGAAGCAUGGCUGCGGGAGCAGGAGCACGAGGGGGCGGGAGGAAGUAGCGGAAGAGGCGGAAAGACGGCUAAAACAGGGAAGGCAGAUGUCAAAUCAGGGAAAGCGGAUUCAAAAACAAGCGAGAAUAGAGGUGGUGAUAAGGCGAAGGAGAGGCGAUCAGAGAGAGUGAAAGCAGAUGCCUCCACGGCUGCGGGGGGAGCAGGGGGGGGAAAGCCAGAUGGCGCUGUGACGCCGGCGGGGAAGGGUAGGGAGGUGGGGGGGAGUGGAGGUGCGGGGAAGGGUGGAGAGGUUGAGGGGAGCGGAAGUGCGGGGACAGGUGAGGGGAAGGCGAGGAGGGGGAGCGAGGGGGAGAUGGAGGGGUUGGAGGGGGAAGGGGAGGAGGGGAAGGAUCAAGAGGCGGCUAAGGUAGAAGCUGACGUGUCAGGAGAAGCAGCUGAAAUGGAUGCUGACGUGUCGGAGGGGGAGGUUGAGGGGGAUGCUGACGUGUCAGGAGAGGAGGCUGAGGUGGCCGCGGAGGACGAUGACGUGUGCGAGGUGUGCGGCGGCGACGGCGAGUUGCUGAUGUGUGAUGCGUGCCCUGCUGUGUACCAUCUGUACUGCCUGCACCCGCCGCUCUCCCAUGUGCCCGAAGGAGCCUGGUUCUGCCCCAAAUGCGGCCAUGAUUGGGCAGCAGUGGAGCGAUUUCUGGGCGUGAGAGAGGUGGAGCAUGGGGGCGAGGGUGGGGCAGGGGAUGGUGAGGGGAGCGAAGGAAGGGCGGAUGGGGGAACUGGCGAGGGGGGCAGUGAUGGGGGUAGGAGUGGUGGUGACGGUGAGCCCCAUACAGCAUGCUACUUCAUCUUCCUAGCCCUUCGGUAUCCCUCACCCGUUCCUCUCCCUCCCCCUUGCCGUCCGUCAUGCAUUCACUCCCAUCCCCCUUCCUUCCCCCACUUCCUCCCCCCCCCUCCCCUCACUCUUCAGGGUGGCAGCUGCAACAUUGGCGGCAGCAGCAAAGAGCUUCCCAGGGCUGAAGCCCCGGCCGAGAAAUUACCGGCAGCAGCGAGCAGAGACGCCCAGAUCGCCAUGCUUUUCCAACUCCCUAGCCCUUCUAUAUCCCUAACUCCCUCCGCUCCCUCCCCUCCUUCCCUUUGCAUCCCCGGGCCCCUUCCGCACCCCUCCCCCCUUAUCUCCCUCCCUCUUGCCCACACUCUUCAAGGUGGCAGGGUGGCAGCUGCAACAGUGGAGGCAGCAGCAAAGAGCUUUCCGGGACUGAAGGCAAGGUUGCGGAACUACAUGCGGCAGAGGGCAGAGGCUGCAGCACAGAGCGCGCUCUUUGGGGAUGGGGAGGAGGACCCAGAGGAGAGCGGGGCGGUGCCAGUGCUGCGACCUGAUUGGCUGGUCGUGGAGAGAAUUGUCAACGCCAAGAAGAACCGCAAGGGGCAGCAGGAGUACUUACUUAAGUGGCGGGAGCUGGGGUACGACGAGGCAACCUGGGAGACUGAGGAGGAUUUGCGGAGCAAAGGGAAAGGGUCGGCCAGUGGCCCGAAGGACGAGCCAAAGGAGGGGAUGAAGGAUGGGAUGAAGGAUGGGAUGAAGGAUGGGGCGAAGGGUGGUGAUCAGGGGAAGAAAGGUUCAGGAGGAGAUGGGAAAGGGAGAAAGGGUAUGAAGAAAGGAGGAGAGGAGAGUGGUGCGGCAGUAGUAGAGGGUUUCGAGGAGGCUCUUAAGGAGUAUGAGGAGAUGAUGGCGAGAGGACCCAAGGCAGUGGCGUGGGGGCUGGUGGGCGGGGGAGGGGGAGGGGGAGGGGGAGGGGGAGGGGGAGGGGGAGCGGGUAAGGAGGCAGAGAGGGGAGUGCAGAAGAAGAAGCAAAUGGAGUUUAAGGAAACACCCGGCUUUCUGAAAGGUUGGUUUCUCUACGUGUUAGUUGAAGGUACGCUGCACCCGUACCAGCUGGAGGGGCUCAACUGGCUGCGGUUCGCAUGGCAGCAGAAGCAGCACGUGAUUCUGGCGGACGAGAUGGGGCUGGGUGAGUGGUGGGGGGGGGGAGAGGGGAAGGGGGGGUUGGUUGUGUGUGUGAGGCGCUUCAACACGUACAGACAGCAGAAGCAGCACGUGCUUCUCGUGGACGAGAUGGGGCUGGGUGAGUGGUGGGGGGUGGGGGGUGGGCGAGCCAUGUGGGGUGGGCGAGCCAUGUGGAUGGGGGGUGGGCGAGCCAUGUGGGGCAAAACGGUGCAGGCGAUCUCCUUCCUCGCAUCGCUGCACGAGGAGAGGGCCACAGCGCUCCCCCACAUGGUGGUCGUGCCGCUCUCCACUCUCCGCAACUGGCAGCGAGAGUUUGCAACAUGGGCACCCCACCUGCGUGUGGUGAGUACCCUUCUUUUUUUCUUAGCCGCCUCCACGCUCGCUGCCUCCCUCUUCUCUGCCACAUGCUCUCUUGCCCGUGCUGCCUCUCCCUCCGUGCUGCAGAGUUUUCAAAGGUGCCGCUGCUGUCCUUUCUGCGUUGUGCAAGUAGCAGUGGAAUUAUGCCACGUGGUCUCCUCAUAUGCCUCCUCCUUUCCUCCCUCCCUCUCCUCCCCUUCCCUCCCCUCCCCUCCCCCUCUCCCUCUCUCCGCACCUGGUGUGUGUCAUGCUUUGUCUCUCAACUCGUUCCCCCACCCCCCUUCUCCCGUUCUCCUGCACUCUCGCGUAUUCCAUGCAUACGCGCACAUCCGGGUGAUGUAUGUGGGCACAGGGGCAGCAAGAGGCUUAAUCAGAGAGCACGAGUUUUCUUCCCCUCUACUUACAUGCGUCCCCUUCCUCCUUGCAUGGCUGUAUGUGGGCGGGCAUGUGGGGAUGGGUGCAUGCGUGCAGGUGAUGUAUGUAGGCACAGGGGCAGCGAGAGCGCUAAUCCGAGAGCACGAGUUCUUCUUCCCCUCCUCCUACACGCCUCCUGCCCCUCCGUCAACCAAGGAUAUGCGAGUGCAAGGGAAGCAGGGGAAGGGCGGGAAGACAGGGAAAGGUGGUGCAAAAGGAAAGGGCGGAGAUAGCAAGAAGCGUGGAGAGAAGGGGAAAGGUGGGAAGAUAGGGAGAGUGGUGCCACGAGGGGUGCAACAGGCCAAGAGGAAGCGAACGAGGGGGAGGACGGUGCUUUCUUCUGAGUCUGAGAAAUCGGAAGAGUCCUCUGGCGGGUCAGAUAAGGAUAGUGAGGAUGAGGUGGAAGAGGUUGGGGUGUUGGAGGAUAUAGAGGGAGGAGGCGAGGAGGAAAGGGAGGAGGAAGACGAGGAGGAGGAAGCGGAAGAGGAGGAGGAAGCGGAAGAGGAGGAGGAAGAGCAGGCAGGGAAGAGUAGACGCAGGCAGAUGGGGACGAGGGCUUCCCGCAGUGUUACGAGAGAGCAAGAUAGGGAGGCAAGGAGCAGGGGUGUGAUGAGAAGCGAUAGUACAGGGAGGGAUGUUAGGGGUAGAGAGAAGGGCAGGCUAAGAGAAACGAAGGGAAAGAAGGAUCGAGGGAAGAAGAGAGGAAGGGAGAUGAAGCAACAGCAGCAACAGAAGGGGCGGAAGCGGCGGAGGGGAGAGUCAGCAUCGUCGUCGGAUGAGUCUUCUGAUGAGGAUGACGAGGAGUAUGUGGUGGUGACAGAGGAGGGGAGUGAGGAGGAGGGGAGUGAGGAGGAGAGUGAAGAGGAGGCGAGUGAAGAGGAGGGUAGUGAGAAUGAGGAGGAGGAAGAGGAAGAGGAGGAAGAAGAGGACGAGGAGGAAAUGCCCCUAAGCAAGCGGGCGAAGGUCAGGCGCAGUGGGAAAGGCACUCAUCGUGGAAAGCACAAGCCCUGCAGCGCAUCAGCAGGCAGAAGCAAGGGGGGCGGCAGCAUCAAGGGGGGCAGCAAACGCAUUCCCCCUGGUGGGCGCAUGCAGCAGCAACAGCAACUGUCCCGGCAGGAGCGGGUGCGGUUUGACGUGCUGCUGACGUCAUACGAGGCGGUGAACAGUGACUCGCAGCAGCUGAGGCAGGUGCGGUGGGGGUGCCUCGUGGUGGACGAGGGGCACCGCCUCAAGAACAAGGAGAGCAAGCUGUUUGGGACCCUGCAGAGCUACUCCUCCCUGCACCGCCUGCUGCUCACUGGCACUCCCCUGCAGAACAACCUGCACGAGCUUUUUAUCCUCAUUCCCCUCCCCAUUCCUCCCCCCCCCUCUCAUCCCUUCACCUUACACCUUAACAAUUUGGACGAGCUCUUCAUCCUCAUGCACUUCCUGGACGCCGAUAAGGUGAGGGAUGGAAUGCGGGUGCACUUCCUUGAGGUGCGCUCCCACCCUGACGUGAAGCGCACGACAAUAGAGCACACUCCCUUUAUUGUCAUUCACUCCUCAACGCUCCUGAGUCUGGAGGGCUUUCAGGGCGAGUUCCAGCAGCUGGGGCAGGAGGAGCAGGUGGCCAAGCUGCACCACCUGCUCGCGCCGCACCUGCUCAGGCGGCUGAAGAAGGACGUGUUGAAGCAGAUGCCGCCCAAGAAGGAGCAGAUUCUGCGUGUGGACUUGGCGCCGCUGCAGCGCUCGCUGUACCGAGCUGUGCUCACCCGCAACUACCAGGCUCUCACCAAGGCGUCGGGGCAGCAGGCUCUCACCAAGGCAUCGGGACAGCAGGUACGUUUUACGCAGGGAACGCUGUACUUGUGCUCCUUACUUAUAUCACUGCAGCACUGUGCUCACCCGCAACUACCAGGCGCUCACCAAGGCGUCGGGGCAGCAGGUAUCGCUGACCAACACGAUGAUGCAGCUACGCAAGGUGUGCUGCCACCCGUUCCUGGUGGAGAGCGCGAAGAGUGUCACCUGUUCCUGGUGGAGAGCGCGAAGAGUGCCACCUGUUCCUGCUGUGCCCAGUACCCACCCGCCUGCUCCCCCUCCCACCCCCCUUCCCUUCAUCUCCCCUCACAGGUAUCCCUAACCAACACGAUGAUGCGGCUGAGGAAGGUGUGCUGCCACCCGUUCCUGGUGGAGGGCGCAAUGAUUGUGAUGCGUCGACUCUACCGUCAUCUUUCUGUGCUCACUCACCCCCAUUCACUUCAACACCACCCACAGGUCUCCCUCACAAACACCAUGAUGCAGCUGCGCAAGGUGUACUGCCACCCGUUCCUGGUAUCCCUGACCAACACGAUGAUGCAGCUGAGGAAGGUGUGCUGCCACCCGUUCCUGGUGGAGGGCGUGGAGGAGCAGCACGGAGGGGGAGACACGCCGGCGGAAGCCAGCCGGCGCAUGGUGGCGGCAUCUGACAAGCUGGCCUUAUUGGAGCGAAUGCUGGAGCGGCUCAAGGCGAUUCUGGUCACUCUCUCUCCCCUCCCUUGCCUUUUUCCCCUGCUCCCAUCUGCUCCCUUCCCAGGCACAUGGUGGCAGCAUUGGACAGGCGGGCCCUGCUGGAGCAAAUUCUGCAGCGGCUCAAAGCGCAUGGUGGCGGCAUCUGACAAGCUGGCCUUAUUGGAGCGAAUGCUGGAGCGGCUGAAAGCGGGGGGGCACCGCGUGCUGGUGUACUCACAGUUCAAGCGCAUGCUGGACCUGCUGCAGGAGUGGCUCAUGGGCAAGGUGGGUGGCUCAUGGGCAAGGUGGGUGGCUCAUGGGCAAGGUGGGUGGCUCAUGGGCAAGGGCUGGGGGUGCGAGCGCAUAGACGGCAGCGUGAGCGGCACGGACCGGCAGCAGCGCAUCGACCGGUUCAACGCUCCCGGGUCUAGCCGCUUUGUGUUCCUGCUCUCCACUCGCGCUGGUGGGCUGGGGAUCAACCUCGCCACUGCCGACACCGUGAUUAUAUACGACAGUGAUUGGAACCCCCAUGCGGAUCUGCAAGCCAUGGCUCGCGCGCACAGGCUGGGGCAGACCCAAACGGUGAUGAUAUACCGGCUGGUGACUCGAGCGACAGUGGAGGAGCGCAUGGUGCAGAUGAGCAAGAAGAAGAUGGUGCUUGAACACGUGGUGGUGGGGAAGCUCAAGCAGUCUAACCUCAACCAGGAGGAGUUGGACGACAUUCUGCGAUUCGGAGCAAAGGAGCUCUUUGAAGAGGACGAGGAGGAGGGAAAAGGAGGAGAGGAAGUGGAAGAGAGGAACGAGGCAAAGGAGGGAGAGGUGAAGAAAGAGGAGGAAGGUGGUGAGGAGGUGGCAGGAGGCAAGGCUGGAGAAGACAGUAAGGAUGCUGACAAGGAUGCUGACAAGGAUGCUGACAAGGACACUGACAAAGGAGCGGCUGGGGAUGAGAAAGCAAAGGAAAAGAAGAAGCGGAAGAAGGAGAGCCGUCGGAUCUACUACGAUGAUGCCGCUAUCGACAGGCUGUUGGAUCGGAGCACAGUGGCGAGGGCCACGCAGUGA